UCCUAUGCUCCUACAGUUUUAUGCUCUCAAAUUCCUCAACUCCCCCCUCACCUUUUAGCAUCUCUCUUGUCUUUCUCCUCCGCCGCUCCUUUCACCCCCCGUCGCCGCCUUACUCCUCCGCUUCCCCACCGCCGCUCCUUUCACCCGCCGUCGCCGCCUUACUCCUCCGCUUCCCCACCGCCGGCUUCCGAUCCGUCUCCGCCACAGCUCCUCAACUCCUGUUCGCAGAGAUACUGAAUUUUUUUUUUCAUUUUCUUUAGUUGUUCGUUGUUGCCGAGCAUGGAGGAGAGGGACCAGACGAGGAUGAACGGCGCGUACGACACGGUUUGGGAUCGAGUGAUACCUUACAUACAGGAAUCGCGCGACAGGGACUCGGUGUCGCUGGUGUGCAAGAGUUGGUACGACAUCGACGCCAUCACCAGGAAGCACGUGACCAUGGCGCUCUGCUACACCGCCGCGCCGGAGCAGCUCUCCCGCCGUUUCCCCCACCUGGAGUCGCUCAAGCUCAAGGGAAAGCCACGCGCCGCAAUGUUCAACCUCAUCCCCGAGGAUUGGGGCGGCUACGUCACUCCCUGGGUCGAAGAAAUCGCGCGCUCUUUUGGACAAUUGAAGGCGCUCCACUUCCGCCGGAUGAUUGUUAAGGAUUCCGAUCUAGAGCUUCUGGCUCGUACGCGCGGUAAGGUUCUUCAGGUUCUCAAGCUCGACAAGUGCUCCGGAUUUUCCACGGAUGGCCUCUUUCAUAUUACCCGUUCCUGCAGGAACCUAAAAACAUUGGUUCUUGAAGAAAGCACUAUAUCUGAGAAGGAUGGAGAGUGGCUGCAUGAACUUGCCACAAAAAAUACAGUUCUUGAGAAUUUGAAUUUUUACAUGACAGAGCUCACCGAAGUCAAAGCUGAGGACAUUGAAUUGAUAGCCAGGAAUUGUCCACACCUCGUAUCAAUGAAAAUUUCUGAAUGUGAUAUGUCAAGUCUUUUUGGUUUCUUUCGAGCCGCAACUUCAUUGGAGGAAUUUGGGGGUGGUUCAUUUAGUGAACAACAAGAACCUGUUGGUGAAAAUGGCUAUAAUGAGCAACUUGUAUCAUUUCCUCCACGAUUAUGCUCUCUGGGCCUAACUUACUUGGGGAAAAAUGAAAUGCCAAUUCUCUUCCCUAUCACUUGUCGUCUUAGAAGAUUGGAUCUCCUUUAUGCACUUCUUGACACAGAAAGUCAUUGCUUCUUACUAGAGAAGUGCAUAAACUUGGAAGUUCUAGAGACAAGGAAUGUAAUUGGAGAUCGAGGAUUAGAAGUUCUUGCCCGCUUUUGCAAGAGGUUAAAGAGGCUUAGGGUUGAGCGAGGAGCUGAUGAACAAGAAAUGGAGGAUGAAGAAGGCUCAGUUUCACAGACAGGACUAAUUGCUUUGGCCCAGGGAUGCCUUGAAUUAGAGUACUUGGCCGUAUAUGUUUCUGAUAUCACCAAUGAAGCUUUUGAUUAUAUUGGGAAGUACAUGAAAUCCCUGUGUGAUUUUCGUUUGGUGUUGCUUGAUCGAGAAGAAAGGAUAACAGACCUUCCAGUUGAUAAAGGAGUCCGGUCUUUGUUAAGAGGUUGCCAUGGACUUAGAAGGUUCGCUUUGUAUCUUCGACCUGGGGGACUAACAGAUGAAGGUCUCAAAUAUAUUGGGCAGUACAGCCCAAAUGUGAGGUGGAUGCUUCUUGGAUAUGUAGGGGAAUCUGACAAUGGUCUUCUGCAGUUCUCAAGUGGGUGCCCAAGCCUUCAAAAACUUGAAGUAAGGGGUUGUUGCUUCAGUGAACGUGCACUGGCUAUGGCUGCCUUGCAGCUGAGAUCUCUCAGAUAUUUGUGGGUACAAGGAUUUCGGCCAUCUCAAACUGGACGGGAUCUGUCAAUCAUGGCACGCCCUUUCUGGAAUAUUGAACUGAUCCCUGCAAGACGAGUUAUUGCCACUGAUCAUGACGGUCAAACUGUAGUCACUGAUCACCCCGCCCAUAUACUCUGUUAUUAUUCACUUGCAGGACGAAGAACAGAUUUUCCAAAAACUGUCAUUUGUUUGACUCCAAACACAGUUCUUGCUGAGUAGGUUUUGUAAAUAUAGGCUGCCGUUUACCACUUUACACUCUUUUUCCUUUUGGGUUACACACUUCUGCUAGGUGCUUGUCCAUACUUUUUUUUUUUUUUUUUUUUCUUUUUCUUGAGAGGUUAUUCCACAUUGAUGUUGAGUUUUCACUAGACUUACACUGUGUAAUAAAUCAUUGCUCAUUAGUAAUCCAGAAAAAAUAGCAAAACUUUGUUCUUUCCUCAUAA